UUUUUUCGAACACUUCUUUUAAAUACACACAAAAAAAAAAAAGCAUCUCUAGAUCAGCGAAGCAACACUCACAUAACCUUCACUUCCAAAAGAGGGUUUUAGGGUUCCGAUUCCGGCGAUUACCGGAAACAAAUCAACGGCGAUUCGUUAUUUAGUUUCUUCAUUCUCAUCUCAAUUCACUAAUUCAGAAGAAGGAAAAACCAGAAGCAACCGAAAAUGGCUCGAAAUGAAGAAAAAGCUCAAUCGAUGCUUAAUCGAUUCAUCACCAUGAAAGCAGAAGAAAAGAAGAAACCAAAAGAACGCCGUCCGUUUCUAGCUUCCGAAUGUCGUGACCUAAACGAAGCAGACAAAUGGCGUCAACAAAUUAUGCGCGAAAUCGGUCGGAAAGUCGCCGAGAUUCAAAACGAAGGUCUUGGCGAACACCGUCUUCGUGACCUAAACGAUGAAAUUAACAAACUUAUUCGCGAAAAAUCGCAUUGGGAACGUCGAAUUGUUGAACUUGGCGGUCCGAAUUAUGCUCGACAUUCUGCUAAAAUGACUGAUCUUGAUGGUAAUAUUGUUGAUGUACCUAACCCUAGUGGACGUGGUCCUGGUUAUCGAUACUUUGGUGCUGCGAAAAAACUCCCCGGAGUUCGUGAGCUUUUUGAGAAGCCGCCGGAGUUGAGGAAGAGGAAGACUCGUUAUGAUAUAUAUAAGAGGAUUGAUGCUUCUUAUUACGGUUAUAGGGAUGAUGAAGAUGGGAUUUUGGAACGGGUUGAGGCGCCGGCUGAGGAUGUAAUGAGGCGUGAGGCGGCUGAGGAGUGGCAUCGGCUUGAUAUGAUAAGGAAGGAAGCUAGGAAGGCUGUUAGGAGUGGGGAGGUUGCUGAGGUUACUACUGCUGCUAGGGAGAUACUUCAUGAGGAAGAGGAGGAUGUGGUGGAGGAAGAGAGGAAGAAGGAUAGGGAAAUGAGGGAGAGGUUGGAUGAGAAAGAGAGGGAAUUUGUGGUUCAUGUGCCGUUGCCUGAUGAGAAGGAGAUUGAGAAAAUGGUGCUGCAGAAGAAGAAGGCGGAUCUUUUGAAUAGGUAUGUGAGUGAUGUUCUUAUGGAGGAACAGACUGAAGCUAAGGACUUGCUUAACAUUCAUCGUUAACUAGGUUGGUUUUUAUGUUCUGCUUUGAAUUGGAACUUUUUGCUUACAUUGCAUGUUGCAGUUGGUUUAGAUUAUAGAUUCAAGGAACUUCUUGGGACUAUGUUUGAGGUUCUAUGAAUGAUCUAUCUAUAGUUGUAAAUUGCAUUGAAUGUUGUAUUCGCUGAGAGAAUUUAAAUGCAUCCUGCUUGAAUAUUUGGGUUUUUGUCACCCAACAUAAGGAUAUGCAAAUGGUUAUGCUUUUUUUGAGAUAUAAAGUAGUUUUAUUUUCGGUU